GCAGCGAACGCUGUUUUCCCGUGGAAGUAAACACAAGAUCUGCCGCCUCCAUCACGCCGACACUAACGCAUGAAUUAGUAAAGGAAGAGUCAGGAAUUAGUAAAGCCAGCCAACAUUUAACAGAGCAAGAGAGAUGUUGGUUGUGAUAUCCGUGAAUACGUAACACAAAGUUAGAAACAAGAUGAUGCUGGGGUAUCGGUACCUAGGUGUUGGGGCGUCGUGGUGUCGCUUAGGUCUUUCCCCAGACAAGAACCAAGUAUCAAAUGUAUUUUUAAGAGCCUACAGCCAGUAUCCUCCUCACUUUGUGAAACCCAUAUAUCAACCUGCUCAGUUGAAUGAGUUAAUUGAAACUGGUGAAAGCAAGAAUCUGGAAUUCACUCCAAUUAAGGCGGCAUAUACAAAUCACACCAGCUCCAUCUUUCAUGACCCAACUGUUGUUAAGUUUACAAAUUACGUGAUGAAGACUGGAAGAAGAGCAUUAGCAAGAGAGCUUGUAGAAAAGACUUUUGAGGAACUCAAACGAAUACAGCUACAGAAAUGGAAUGAGGCAGUAAGUGAGGAGGAAAAAGAAAACAUUGAAUGCAACCCACUCACUAUAUUUCAUCAGGCUGUUGAGAAUGGUCGGCCUCUGUUAAUGUUGAUUCCCAUUAAGCGAGGAGGCAUAACUUACCAGGUUCCGGUUCCUAUAACAGAGAAACGGUCUUACUUCGUCUCCAUGCGAUGGUUUGUGCAUGCAGGGAGAGAGAAGGAGCGAACAGUUCAUUUUCCUGAGAGACUAGCAAGGGAGUUGCUUGCAGCUGCUAAGAAUGAGGGACGAGUAGUGAAGCAAAAGCAUGAUCUCCAUCGUCAGUGUGAAGCCAAUCGUGCUUAUGCCCAUUAUCGUUGGAGCUAAACUCUUGAAGGUACAUCAAGAAUAGCCAUCUUCCGUUUGUACCCCUUUCCAAUUAUGAUCAAGUGAAGAUUUAUGACAUUCUAGUAGUACUGUAUAAAGUUUUUGUAUUAUUACACAAGAAAUGAUACUUGCAAGAAACCAUUAACUACUCAUUGCAUUUUGGCUGGAAGUGCUAUUAGAUCAAAGCAGAAAAUUUAUAACCAAGCCAAUUUUGAACAUCUUGUUAGUCCUUGAUAUUUAAACUGACAGGCCACACUUAACGUUGUCAGUUUUAUAAUAACAUUGAGGUACUGUAAAUAGACACUCUAUAAAUAAAAUGUUUUGCAGUAGA